AUGACGCGUUUUACUGAUAUUUUGCGUUUCCUAAUAUUUGUUAUAGUUAUUAGCGCAUGCAAUGGAGAAAACAUAAAUGAUGACAACAGUGACGAUGGGAAAGACGAUUCCAUGGACAUUGCUGACCCUCCUGAUCCUCCUACCAGUAAUGUGUCAUUGUGUACCAGACGAAAAAACACCCAGAUGCAUGAAAUCCGUGCGGCAAGUGCUAAGCAAUUUCCAUUUAUUGUGGCAAUAUUAAAUGCUCGCAACGAUUACAUUUGCGCCGGUUCUAUUGUUUCAAACGGUAUAAUACUUACCUCUGCCCAAUGCGCUGAAUCUGCAAAGUAUGUCCUGAUAAAUGCUACAAAGGAUAAGAAAAACGAGAGUACUGAAUCUGUUCAUGUUAUUAGGACAGAACAUUUUCCAACAUACAAAGGACCUACUUCGAAAAUGGACGUUGCAGUUCUUUAUACCGACAAACUCAAUAACACAUUAGCUUCUAAAAUAAACCUCAGCAAUCAUACGUUUUCCCGUAACCUUAAUGAAAUAGAAGCUAUAGGAUUUGGUUUGAACGCUGACGUUGGGCAGGUGAAAGAAUUACAAUAUGUCGGACUGGAUGCAAGAAUAGCAGAUGAAGAGUUAAUAUUUGGAUUCAUAGAUUGUAUUGAUACGAAAGUAAAUACAUGUUUUAAAGACAAAGGUGGACCACUUAUUGUUAAUAACGAACUAGUCGGCAUAAUCACUAAUGGUCAGGAUGAAUGCACUAGUGAAAUAAUGUCGACGUAUUCUAUAAACAAGCUUAUGGUAACAGCUAUGCCAAUUUACACAUUCAAAAGCUGGCUGGAUGAAAAAAUUGCAAAACACCCGCAGUUAGGAGUCGAGACGCUGCAAAGUUACCCGAUUAAACCUGCAGUUCGUAUGCAAAAAGUACAUUUGACCAAGAGGAAUUCAGGAGCCAUUUAUAAAGCCGUGCCUCUUUAUUAUAUGCUGAUGCUCUUUUUAAAUCUUUGUUAAAAUCUCGAAAUUUCUUUGUCAGGUUGUUUUGUUUUGAAUAAAUAAAUACUUAGUUUUUCGUUAAAUCGUUUCUAUUAUUUCAAAACCCGUGUACCUAGUACUUAUGAGUAUGUUGUAGAAACAUUUAUUAUUAGCUUUUUAUAUGCCUGUUUUAACGACUUUUCCCUACGAUGACUAAUCGACUACGAUUAUUCAUUAUAUUAUAAGUACUAGUGGUUGUCUGGAAGAGAUCGCUUUUUAGCGAUAAGACCGCCAUUUGUACAUUAGUUUCUAAGUAAUAUUAUAAGUUAUUGUUUAUUUUUGUUUUAAUGUAAAAUAACGUAUAUUUCUUCUACUUCUUCUUCUUCUUCUUUAUUAUAGUUAUCACACAAAAA